GCCUACAGUUUACUAUCACUUAUGAUUUUGCGAACCAUCUCAUCAAAGAGCAUCGUUAUGUUUUCACCCGACUAUUAUGGCAGCAGCUUCCUCUCCACAGCAUCAGCGCCCUAGAGGCUACCAUUUGCUUUCUCGAUUAAUGGGAAGGUCGGAAGAACUUGCCGUCUUCCGCAAGUUCAACGAUUUAAACGCUAUCAGUUUGUUGAGUCUUCAAGCUGAAUUGGUCCUGUUGAGAGAUGAAUAUCAUAAUAUUUGUGAAAGUGACGAAAAAGACGGAAGACCGUACUCAAGGAACUUCGAGAAACUUUUCCAGUCAAAGGAUGAUGUUACCAAUGAUCAAUAUCUCCAGCUAUUGAAAAUUAGAGAGAAGAUGAAGGAGUAUAAUGCAUUUCUACUUCAAGUUGCCUCGAUUCGAAACAUCCACAAGCCACGAGCGAGUGACCUUGAAAAACUCCAGGAAUGGCUGCGGGAUCCUAAGGGGGGCAAUAGGUUUCUUGCAGAGAAUGAAGCCUUUACUUGGUCUAAUGAGUACAAAACAGACUUCGCGACGUUAGCAACCUCAACCCCUGAUGACGACAUCUUUACAAAUUGGCUUGUAUCUUCACUAGUAAAAUUGUACCACAGAGUCUGGGGUCACAGACACCCCCUCCACAGUUCCAAAUUUAUUGAUGAAGAGAGCGGCUUAAUUAUGUAUCACGAUGGAAAGGUCGCUAGGGUCAGCAAAAUUAUCUCAACCACUUUGGCAUCGAUAUUUCCGGUCAUCGCUGUGCUUGGACUAUAUUUUGAAAAGGACUUGUUGAAGAGGAUAUAUAUCAUGAUUGGAAUUACUGGAGCAUUUUCCCUUGUCUUGUCGAUUUUUAGCCAGGCUAGACGCGUGGAAAUAUUUGCUGUAACUACAGCGCUAGCAGCUGUGGAAGUCGUAUUCAUUGGCAGCACAACAUCUCCUGGGGUCUGAGAUUUUGGGACCAUUCACUCUCACAACUAAUACAACUCCUAGAAAUUUCCUUGAGAAAAUGGAAAUUUUCUACUGCUGAAGGCAUUCAACUAAACCUUUUGCUAUUUAUCGACGAAAGAAUACAUAUUAAUAGAAGGCUUUGAACAGGUCACAACGACUUAAGAUGAUCCAUCGGUGUAUUCCUAACCAGCUUUGGACUCGUCUAAGAGAGAGUGAGCGUGGAUCCCAAUCCCAAUUCUUCUGUUUCCAG